ACGCACACACAUGCACGCACACACACUGUGAACUGUAGAUUUCUCCCCAGUGGCCUGAUAAUGAAUAUUCAACUGUAUCUCUUCCUCCGUUUCAUACCCCUCUGGUCAACUCUCACAUUUGCCUCCUCCUCCUCCUCCUCCUCCUCUUCCUCUUCCUCCCUCCCUGCCGUCCUCCCUCCAUUUGUCCCUCAGCUCUUUGCUCACUCCCUCUGCAAACCACCCCCUCUCUCUCCCUCCCUCGUCUCUCUCUCGUCUCUCUCUCUCUCUCUCUCUCUCCCUCCCUCGUCUCUCUCUCUCUCUCUCUCUCUCUCUUUUGUUUUUGUUUCUUCUCUUGUUCUUCAUCCUACUCACUUGUUUUGGCUCAUUUGAACACAGAGUUAGGAGUGUUAGCUGUGAAGCGUGGAGGAGGGAGGACAGAGUUCCCCGGGGGUCUGCGUGCAUGGGACAUGUCUGAGGCGUCUUUGCCUCAGUGCAGCUACAUAACACAUGUCGAAUAAUUAACUUAAGGAUAUAAUGAAAGUUUAAAAGAUAAGGCUGUAGAUUUGCGUCAUUAUUUUGUUAACAAAUCCCAUUUAAAUAAUAUUACAUAUAAUUCAUAGGGUCCUACAUCCCUGUUCAGCUCAAACAAUGAAACGUUUACAUGGAGCUAAGAUGUGCAAAUACGGUGGCAAUUCAAAGGAUACGCAAAACAGCAGAUGAAAGGACGGCUGACUGACACGAUUAUGAGGCUUCAACAAUCCAAAUGAGUUUGAGGCAUGAAUAUUCAUCAAAGUAAAGACCUUAAAAAAGGUCCUUUGUUUGUUGUUGUUUGUCGGCUGCAGCUCGGUGAGGAAACACAAAAGCCAUUUUCAUAAACACUCGAGCAAUUUCUGUGACCUCGGUCUUUAUGGGAAAUACUAGAAAUCAAACCACUGGAGGGUUUCUACUCUCCAUGAAUAUCCAUCUGCGCUGAGUCCACGGCUGCUAUGUGGCAUCACUCCAAGGAGCAAUGAAGCUGGAUGAACGCACUGGUGUGUGUGUGUGUGUGUCUGUGUGCGUGUGCGUGUGCGUGUGUGUGUGUGUGUGUGUGUGUGUGUGUGUGUGCAGACUCCAUGAUGAGAUGUGAUGAGACUGCUUCUGGGUCACAGUAGCGAUGCUGCUCAGAGACCCUCACAGUCCCGUACAUGUGAGAAACUGUUGAAGACAAUGGUUUGAUGCCCACACAUCUGAUUCCCAGUACACUGUCAUGGCCUGCAGAAAGAAGGCACCGUCAGCUUACAUAAAUCACGGAGGAGGUGUCACACAAACACACACACACAGGAACACACAGUGGUAUCCAGUGUGUGGGUGAGCUGUCAUAUCCACUGUUGGAUAAUCACUUGAAGGUGAGGCUAACUUCAGAUCUUCACAUUCCUUGGUGAAGCUGGGACGUUGAAUGGAGAUGCAGUUUUAAAUAUAACUUUAUUUUCUUAUCCCGCACAUAAGGCUGUAGCUGUUCCACACUGACAGUACAGACGCAGCCGCUUCUCGAGGCUCAGGGAGACCGAGCGGGAUCAAUGACCCGACUGGGACACAUUCACUUAAGGCUCCUGUAUCGUAAAUCGCAGCCCAUUAAGUAUUGAAGCAGCCCUGAUGUGCUGUUAAAUGCUUACGUGGGGAAAUGUGAUGAUUUAAUAAUUGACAAUGAAAGAGAAUAGACCCGCUCUGAUGUUCAGUAGUGUAAUAACAGACGGUUCCAAGGGAAACUGUUAAGGUUAAAACAGGAAAAAGGAUAGACUGACAAUCAAUGGGCUGCAGAUAGGAAGGUUUGACCCCUGGGUGUCACUAGGGAAAGACUGGACACACACACACAUACACACAGACACACACACGUCAGAAUACAUGAAAAGUCUUGUGACGCAGCCAUGAACCAAUUUUAAAUUAAUAAAAUUGCAAUGAUUCAUAGGACGUCGUUAUAAAACCGUCAUGACGAGGAAAUGUAAUUUAGAUUUGAUUAUUGUACCAUUUUACCAAAGACUAUUAUUAAUAAAUAUUAAAAAAUGAAAAUACAACCAAAUAUAUAGAAUUUGAAUUCAGAAAAUGUAACUUAACAUAAAAUACACAGAAAUAAAUGUUUUCAUUUCUGUAAACGUAGACACUGAUAUGUCCUUGAUUGGCUCAUGAAGGUUCGGCUGUUCUUUCAAAAAUAAAGCUGCUUUUAGUCAUGAGGUAUUUAAGUCUGGAUAUCUUCCUGAACUUUUCAAGAGGAGCUGUAUUUGAGAAUACAAUAUCUGAUUGGAUUACUAUGGAGAUUUUCUACAACAUUUUCUCUUUUGUAUAUGUAUGUGUAUAUAUAUAUAAAAAUGAUCUAACUAAUCAAAUCUAAUCUGAACCCUUACCCAACUAUUAAGCAAGGAGCACAUACUCAAAGUGAAACUGAAAAGAAGUUGACCUCAAGAACAGAAACACAAGCUUUUGUGAGACUUGCUGAGUUUUCGAGACGGACAAAAAAAAACUCAACUCGAUCUUAGGGAAGCGUGGGUGAAGAUAAGGGAAUAGAAAGUUGGCUACUUAGCUGGCUACAGAAAGUGAGAGGAGAGCAACAAGCCACUUAAGAUCUUUUCUAAAUGUGAUAAUGUAUACCAACUUAAGCUUAUAGUAACUAAAGUAAAAGGAAGUACUUGCUAUUAUACAUACUUAAAGUAUUAAAAGUAAGUGUCUAUGUGUGACAGGGGCGUUAUGGACAUUUCAGUUUUUCCUUUACCUUAGUGAUUUGCUCUCAGAAGUCAGCGUCAAACAUCAUUUGAUCAAUUAGCCUCCCAUUAUUGAUUGUUUUUAAGAAUAUAAGAAAUUAUGUUGUGCAAAAAAACAGUGACAGGUAAAUGGACCACCAGUCACCUGACAAUGAGCCGCCUUCCUCUACAGCUGUUCUCAGUUCAGUUAGUAGAGCCAUACUAUAAAUAGAAAGCCGCUCACCCUCCUUCAUUUCACUACGCAGCUAUUCUCUUCCUGCCAAUUGUCUGUUCAAGUUUGUAACCCUGCCGCCAUUCUCAAUAAACUGCCCUGAAAACAUUCCCUUUCUUUCUGGUUCUUCUUCCUGAAAGAUGACGGAAAGCUCAAUUCACAAUUUUCCUUGGAAAGAAAUACGAAAUUGAAUCCCAGAAUGAAUGUUCCUCUCUGUGUUUGUUAAAUCAUACGGUGUGUUUGUGCAGCUUGGUAGGUUCAGCAUGUGUAAACGCAGCCAUGUGCAUCGCCUCUCUCCUCCCGUCCUCCUCCGCCUCGCCUCUGAACUGUGAGUGAAUAUCUGGAGCAGUGUUUAGAGGGCCUUGCUGGCGAUUAAUGAGUGUUUGCGAUGAGCACAGGCGCAGCGCAACCAGUUUCUGCCUUAAUUACAGGGAGCCGCGCUGAUAUGAAAGCCUAAUUAGCGAGGGUGCAGAGGUACCGUCCUAUUAAUUGCUGAAUUGCUGUGUUUUUCCUCCGCGACGAGCCUGUCAGAUGAGUCCUGGGCUGAGUGCACGGCGGCAGGUUUGACGGGGGGGUGGUAACAGUGGAGCACAGAGCUGCAGAUUCCAGCCUCUCGGGCCUGUGACCCUGAAGCAGCAGCUUCUUGUAAACCUUUGACACAACUUGCAGAUGCACUAGAGUUCUCAGGAAUGUCACCAGAGAGAGGAUUUACUCUUUAAUUUGUCAUUAAAGAUGGGUUUAUUCUAUCUGAUAGAUAUGUAUAAUUUUUUGCAUCAAUUUCUUUUGGAAGCCUGUAUACCUUUAUCCUAAGAUUUAUCAUACCAACCAUUCAGAGAGAAGUUAUAGAUAUGUGAAAAACAGUGAGGUGUAUAAAAACAUUAGCUAGAUGAUGAUUAUGAUUGUAGUAUUCAUGAAGAAGCUCUGCUAGUAUCAAUGUAUACAUGAAUAGCAAAUAAAUAAAUAAAUUCAAAAUAAACAUUACAUUUUUAAAUAUAUAUAACAAAUACACAGAAUAGUUUUUGCUAUAGCAGGAUUCAUUAUGGAAGUUAUUCAUAUCAGUGGGGUUCUGUUUAAUAAGAACAUUUUGAUAUGAUUAUUGUUGCCAGAUCUUUUAUAUUUUAAUUUAUAUCUAAAUAGUGAAUCUUGUUUUUCACGAUGUUACAUUUUGAGGAUGUCUCCUGUUUGGGAGGCUCAGUGUAUAAUGGCGUUUUCAAAGAUUGUGUCCAUGCAGCUCAGCGCUUUGUGCCAAUAUUGAAAUAUUGCGGCAUCUCAGCCUCACUCCAUGAGAUGGGCCAUCGAGGAUGCUGCUCCUGUCAGCUGAUCGGGAGUCAGCCUCGUGCUUUCACAGAUAAACUGAAGAGAUGGUGAGACUGAACCUGGAUCUGCAGCUCAACGCCACAGAUCUCGCGUGGUUUUCUUCCCUCCUCUACCUCCACCGGCACAGAGGAGGAGGAAGAAGGAGGUCUCACUCUGUCGUUUAUUCUGGCUCGACAACACAUCGUAACAAAACGUGGCUGCAGAACAAUUUACUGCCUGAUUUAUGAAUCUGUGAAGUUCAGCGUGACAAAUCGCAUUUACCAAACAGGAAGUGUUUCAGAAUGUAGUGUAAACAUUGGAUUUUAAAUUGCAUGAUGGGAAUUGUAGGAUCCAGUUAAAAUGGCUGAUGUGAAAAUGGCUCUAGUUAUAUGGAGUCAACUGGUUAUUUAACUGGCGUUUAACUGGUUAUGCUAACAAUGGCUUGCUAGCUAAUGUAAACAUUGUUCCUGCACAAUUGGAACGCUAACCAACUCGGGUUAUUCGGGUACGACGUCAUUCCAAGGGCCGAGCUCUGAGGUGUAAUGGAACACGGUGUCAAAUCCUUCCAUGAUUGUUCGCAGGAGACGCACGAAUUAUGACCAGUAUCGUAACCAACCACCAGGUAGCGAUCAAGACACUUUAGCUACAUGUCACGUCGUCCAUCUUCGUAUUGCCCUCCAUUCAGAAAUCCAACCACACUUUACUAUGUACAUUUUUACAAUUGUACUUAACUUCUGCUUAAGUAUAAAUUGCAACGUGGGACUUUAAAUUGUAAGAAUUUUCUAAACACUGUCAGUUUAAACCAACAAUCUUUUUUUUUUUACGCAUGGUGAUACAUCAUCUCAAUAGACGAUCUUUGUUACUACAGCUCCCCCUCUCUCUCCUCCCACUCGCUGCUCCUCUCUCUAUCUCUCUCUCUCUCUUCACGAGCACUCCUCCCUUCCACACACGGUGAAAAAAGGAAAAACCCUUCGCGAGGCGGCCACGGGAGCGCGAGGUGUAUUCGUCUCCAGUCAACAUGGCCACAGUUGUAACCUGCACCCGGUUCACUGACGAAUAUCAGCUGUUCGAGGAACUCGGAAAGGGCGCCUUCUCCAUCGUGCGUCGGUGCAUCAAGAAGUCCACCGGCCAGGAGUAUGCUGCGAAGAUUAUUAACACAAAAAAGCUCUCAGCCCGAGAUCACCAGAAGUUGGACCGAGAGGCGAGAAUCUGCCGUCUGCUGAAGCAUCCAAAUAUAGUACGACUCCAUGAAAGCAUCUCAGAGGAAGGCUUCCAUUACCUUGUCUUUGACCUGGUCACCGGAGGAGAGCUGUUUGAGGACAUCGUUGCGAGGGAGUAUUACAGCGAGGCCGAUGCCAGCCACUGCAUCAAUCAGAUCCUGGAGAGCGUCAGUCACAUCCACCAGCAUGACAUCGUGCACAGGGACCUCAAGCCGGAGAACCUGCUGCUGGCCAGUAAGAUGAAGGGAGCCGCGGUGAAGCUUGCAGACUUCGGUCUUGCCAUCGAGGUGCAGGGGGAGCAGCAGGCCUGGUUUGGUUUUGCAGGAACUCCAGGAUACCUGUCUCCAGAGGUGCUGAGGAAGGACCCGUACGGCAAACCAGUCGACAUAUGGGCAUGUGGUGUGAUCCUGUACAUCCUGCUGGUGGGCUACCCCCCCUUCUGGGACGAGGACCAACACAAACUGUACCAGCAGAUCAAGGCUGGUGCUUACGACUUUCCUUCUCCCGAGUGGGACACCGUGACCCCCGAGGCCAAGAAUCUGAUCAAUCAGAUGCUGACGAUCAACCCGGCCAAGCGGAUCACUGCCGACCAGGCCAUCAAGCAUCCCUGGGUCUGCCAACGCUCCACUGUGGCCUCCAUGAUGCACCGUCAAGAGACUGUGGAAUGUCUCCGCAAGUUCAACGCCAGGAGGAAACUUAAAGGAGCCAUCCUCACAACAAUGCUGGUGUCCAGGAACUUUUCAGUGGGACGACAGCACACCAGCCCUGCCGCCACCACCAGCACGGCCGCAAUGGCAACGGAAGCGUGCAAAACUUUACUAAACAAAAAGUCGGACGGUGUGAAGUCGCAGGGAGACAGCAGUAAAAACAGUGUAGUCAGCAGCAGCAGCACCAAAGACAGCAGCAUGUCAUCUUCAGCACCAAUGGAAGCCCAGACCACUGUGGUACACAACCCAGCUGACGGCACCAAGGGCUCCACAGAGAGCUGUAAUAACGCAGACGAGGAGGACAUGAAAGGUAGGAAAGUGGCUGCUGUCUGUCUUUCCACUAGUACAGACAGUGCAGUGUUAAGCCAGUGCAGCACUGUUGAGGAGCAGACCCCGACCCUGUCUCCUCGCUGCCCACCACCCACCUCUCGCAAACAGGAGAUCAUCAAGAUGACUGAGCAGCUGAUUGAAGCCAUCAACAACGGGGAUUUUGAGGCUUACACGAGAAUCUGUGACCCUGGACUCACCUCCUUCGAGCCGGAAGCUUUGGGAAACCUGGUGGAGGGAAUGGACUUCCACAAGUUCUACUUUGAUAAUCUUCUGAGUAAAAACAGCAAGCCGGUGCACACCACCAUCCUCAACCCCCACGUGCACCUGAUCGGAGAGGACGCCGCCUGCAUCGCCUACAUCCGCCUGACGCAGUACAUGGACGCCCAGGGCCGGCCGCGCUCCUGCCAGUCGGAGGAGACGCGCGUGUGGCAUCGCCGCGAGGCCAAGUGGCUCAACGUGCACUUCCACUGCUCAGGGGCACCGGCGGCACCGCUGCAGUGAACCGACAACCCAGGCUCAGCUUUGCCUGAACUCUAAAGCUGUUUGGAGCAUUUAAAUCCCCGUGGCCGGAUCGGCGCCUGGACCCUGGUCGGGAGCGAGGCUGCUUGGAAAGUUGUAAAAAAAAAACAAAAAAAGAACACACAAAAGAGGGGACAAAUAUAUUAUCAGACAAAUAAACCAAACCAAAAAACAUAUAUAUAUCAAAAGUUUGACUGAACGACCGGCCAACACCAAUCCAGUCCAAAUCCUAGUUAGAUGAGGCUGGGGCCCGGCUGAGGGGGGGGCCCUCCUUGCAGGUGAUGCAUGCUUCUAGGGGCGACACAGGGGUGGUGCUGUCCUGGUCCUUUUCUCCCACGGCCUUUACCCCCCCCCCCCCCCAUUGGUCUGUCUGCUGUCUGGAAAAGUAUUAACAUGUUUUAAAAAAAAAAGUUUAAAGUUAUUUAUACACUUCACAUACAUAGGACUAGGAGGGGGUCAAGUAUAAACCGUGGAUCUUUGUGUGUGUGUUGAGGGAGCAGCCGAAUGUCGACUUUGAUAGAAGUGUGGUUUGUUUUGCAGUUGCGGGGUGGGGGGGGGGGGUGUUUGGUGGGGUUAAUGGGAACAAGGGGAUAUUAAAAGGUGAUACCCGUUUCAAGUGUCGGGUUUAGUGAUGUUACUGAAGGGACCUUUGUUCUUAUUUGGACUUUUUGUAUUGUGUCAUUAAACUGUUUGAUUUUUUUAUCGUCUGACUUAUGAAUUUUAAAAGUAUUUUGUGUUGGAGUAAAAAAAAAAAGGGUCAUUUUUUAAUCAAAAACAGGGACUUUAUUUAAUAGAGUUGUGUAUAAAUAGAUAUUUAUAUCAGAGAAAGAGGGAGGGGGGGGGGGGACAGCAUGAGAGGGAUGGAUGUGCGUUUAGUUUUUCUGCUUGAGGUCCUGGGGUGUAAAUACACACACACACACAAACAGACACACUGUGCUUUCCGGUGGAGCACCAUCCAGGCCAGUUCUUCCUGAAGGUGCAGGCUCCCCCGUCCGUCUAGGCCCCCAGUGUUAGGAGUCUACACUUGGUGGCGUCAGAUCCUAAAAGCUCCUCCCGGCACAGACACACACAUACACACACAGCAACACCACCGUCUUAUUUGUACGUGUUUAAAUGUGUUGUUUGGUGUGAAGCAUGACUCGUCUGGUGUAACGGCCUGAACUGUUCCCACACAGACACGUAGACACUCGAUGCUGUUGUGUUAGCUCGUCUGGGGGAGAGAACCUUUCUGGAACUUCAGGUUCCGCUCGCCCGCCCCCCCGUCCACCCGUCUGCUUCCAUCAUUCCUGCCUCUCGCACUCGGCAUGUGUGACCCCUGUGACCUUCACCCUCCGGACGACGUCCCCCUCACUGUCUUUAGUCUCUAGUUUGGAUUGUGUUCUUAAAGUGUGUGUGUCGUCCGUCUCGGCUCGCUGUUCUUCUCUGUGAAGUACGAUAUCAAAACGCAUGUUGAGGGCGUAAAGGGGAAAGAGGGCUGCGUCGGCUCGGGGCUCCUGGGACCUUCGCUCGUGGCCAAUCAGUGGAUUCGGUCCCUUUGGUCAGUUUCCGUUGUAAAUGUGGUAGUUGUUAGUGUUUGGUUGUUGAUAUUUUGAUCACUUGUUUUAGCUACAACGAUAACAAAAUGUGGGGGGUUGAAGCGAAGGGAGGCCAAGAUGGAGUUUUACUGUUCCUGUUGAUGCUGAAGCCUCAGGGCAGAUACACUUAUUAUCCUAUUGAGACACAACAUUACAAAAGCACAUGAGGGCAGAGAUUGUCGCUUUAAGGACACAACAUGCGUCCGUGGUUUUCCUUUCCCCGUCCUGCUGUAUCUUUCCUCUGAGUGUUGUGACAUAUCUGACACGCCCUGAAAACUGUGCACCCCCCCACUCACCAACACUUUUUGCACCAUGACAACAAAUUGUUUUGAAAUCUGUACUGAGACGAUGUGAUGUUUUUUUUUCUAUGGCUCUUAGUGGUUCUGUCUGUGCUGUGGGCUCUGGGCCUGUUGUCUGUUGAUGCCACCGACAUGAGAUGCUUUUCUUUUCAUUGUGUGUGUGUGUGCGUGUGUGUGUGUUGUCGUGGGAAUGUUUAGAUUACUGAGUAAGAUGCAGUUUAACUUCACCCGUUAUUCAAAACUGGCCGAAUCACGAGUUUGCCGAAGUAUCUGGAUGGUUUUAUCAAGUUGUUUGAACACUAAGACGUUAAAGCAGAAAGAGAGACACAGAUGUUCAUGAUCAUUUAUCAUUACUAAUAUUAUUAGCUUCAUUUUCCCUGAGAAGUCAAUUUCCAUCUGAAGAAUUGGCAGCUGGUCAAUAAUUAAAAUCUUGAAAAAUGGUGUCGUAAUAAUUUUUUUUAAAUUAAGAUUUAAAAAUGACCCAUACAGUAUGAGUGACCUGCAGGGUUUUUGUAUAAUAUUUAAUCUCUAAUCGUCCAAUUUACAGAUCUGGACAUUUCAUGUGAAAUCUGAAUUUUUGUACCCUGAAAACAACUUAGGUGGUAAUUGUCUCGUAAAUUGCCUAAAGUAUGACAGAAUAAACUCCUUGUUUCAGCUGCUCAGAUUUAUUGCAAUGUCAAAAUUCUAAUUAUUUUCAACUUUAUUGUAAAUGAGACCAGAUUUAAACUUUACACAGACUUCAGGCUAAUGGCACAAACAAGAGAGUUUGUUCACAACAGCUAAAGCAGCGUGUCCUCUGUUGUCUUUAUUCAUAUAAACUUAACUUUCAAAUAUUCAAAAGUUUAAACCAACUGAGUUCAGAUACUUUGGCAAAUAUCGAACAAAUGUCAGAUUAAAACCUACGUGACUGAAACAAAAAGAUUCUUGGAAAAACUCAAAUGUCGAAAAAGGGAAAAUUGAAACCACUGUCUUCAGCAGUCACACUAUAUAUGCAUUUUUACAAAUGGAAGAAGUAUGCAUGUCUACUUUCUGGUCAUUUUUUUCACUGUUUACUUGAUAGAGAAAUGAAAAUCUGUGUUACUUGCAUCCUCGAGGUUAUGAAAUGUGUCCGUCUGAGGUUUUGAAAUCAAGCCAUGUUAUCUCACAUUAAAAAGCAUAAAGAUUAGAGAAGCCUUAGCUCGUCAACCCUGAUCCUCUGUCAGUUUGUUUAUUGCAUUGUAACCUGAUACUAAAGAGGCUGCAUACGUCUAUACUCUGAGUUUCAAUUGGAUGCUGGAUUUUUUUGCAUGACCAAACAGUUAAUAAAAAUCAUAUGUUUAAAACUA